CACACCCACCCGGCCUCUCCGCACCGCCGGCCGCCGUUGCCACAGCUGCGUCGGCCGUACGUCUGCCCGCUCCGGCGAGAGGGGGGGUCACAUCGUACGGGAGAGGACGAGGCGUACGUACGUUACGUGCUCGAUCGAUCUCCGACCGAUGACAACCAUGCGCGCCUCCGCCGCGGCGGUGCUGCUGGUGGCGGCGGCGGCGGCGCUCCUCACCGCCGUGCACGCCGAGGACCCGUACCACUUCUUCGAGUGGAAGGUGACGUACGGGACCAAGACGAUCUUGGGCGAGGCCCAGAAGGUGAUCCUCAUCAACGACAUGUUCCCCGGCCCCACCAUCAACUGCAGCUCCAACAACAACAUCGUGGUCAACGUCUUCAACCAGCUCGACCAGCCCCUCCUCUUCACCUGGCAUGGGAUCCAGCAGAGGAAGAACUCGUGGCAGGACGGCAUGCCGGGCACGAUGUGCCCGAUUCAGCCGGGCACCAACUUCACGUACCACUGGCAGCCCAAGGACCAGAUCGGGAGCUUCUUCUACUUCCCCAGCAUCGGCAUGCAGCGCGCGGCCGGCGGCUACGGGAUCAUCACCGUGCACAGCCGGCUGCUCAUCCCGGUGCCCUUCGACGAGCCGGCCGGCGACUACCCCGUCCUCGUCGGCGACUGGUACACCAAGGACCACACCGUGCUGGCCAAGAACCUCGAAGCCGGCAAGAGCAUCGGCCGCCCCGCCGGGCUCGUCAUCAACGGCAAGAACGAGAAGGACGCGUCCAACCCGCCCAUGUACACCAUGGAGGCCGGCAAGGUGUACCGCUACCGCGUCUGCAACGUCGGGAUCAAGACGUCGCUCAACGUGCGCAUCCAGAGCCACAUCAUCAAGCUCGUCGAGAUGGAGGGCUCGCACACCGUGCAGAACACCUACGACUCGCUCGACGUGCACGUCGCCCAGUGCGUCUCCUUCCUCGUCGCCGCCGACCAGAAGCCCGGCGACUACCUCCUCGUCGCCUCCACCCGCUUCAUGAAGGAGACGAGCUCCAUCACCGCCAUCAUCCGCUACAACGGCUCCAACACUCCGGCGUCGCCCAAGCUGCCGGAAGGCCCCAGCGGCUGGGCGUGGUCCAUCAACCAGUGGAGGUCGUUCCGCUGGAACCUGACGGCGAGCGCCGCCCGGCCCAACCCGCAGGGGUCCUACCACUACGGCCAGAUCAACAUCACCCGGACCAUCAGGCUCUCCGCCGGCAGGGCCAAGGUGGGCGGCAAGGAGCGGUUCGCCAUCAACGGCGUGUCGCACGUCGACGCCGAGACGCCGCUCAAGCUCGCCGAGUACUUCAACGCCACCGCGGGGGUGUUCGAGUACAACCUCAUCGGCGACGUGCCGCCGGCCGCCGGCGCCGCCGUCAAGCUCGCCCCCAACGUCAUCCAGACCGAGUUCCGCACCUUCAUCGAGGUCGUCUUCGAGAACCCCGAGAAGAGCAUCGACUCCUUCCACAUCAACGGCUACGCCUUCUUCGCCGCCGGCAUGGGGCCGGGGACAUGGACGCCGGACUGCAGGAAGACGUACAACCUGCUCGACACGGUGAGCCGGCACACGAUCCAGGUGUACCCGAGGUCGUGGACGGCGGUGAUGCUCACGUUCGACAACGCGGGCAUGUGGAACAUCAGGUCCAACAUGUGGGAGAGGUUCUACCUCGGCGAGCAGCUCUACGUGAGCGUCAUCUCGCCGGCGAGGUCGCUCCGGGACGAGUACAACAUGCCGGAGAACGGCCUCCGCUGCGGCAAGGUCGUCGGAAUGCCAAUGCCGCCGUCCUACCUCCCCGCAUAAUAAGCAACCAACCCAACCCAACCCAACCAAACCAGCUCAGAAUCCAUCCAUCCAUGGUGCUGCUUAUUAGCCGCUGCUGUACACACAACGCACGCGACAGGGAGAGCACGAGAAUUUUUCUUUCGUUUCCUCUUUUUUUUCGUACGUCCCCCACCGGUUUGUUCUUCUUGCCCCCGGUUUACUCUCUCUUUCGAGGAAUAACUAAAAAAGCUACCUGAUGAUUUCUAUCACCGGAACGAGGAUGAGAACACGGCAAGGGGAAAAGAUCGGUCGGCGAGAUGCAUGGAGAAUGCAUACAAAGCUCGAGACGCCCUCUCGGAUCGUCGUUGUAGUAGGAGUGUUGAUUCUACCUGAUCGUUAAUUAAUUUAUCCCCGAUUAAUAAGUCCUUCAAACCCAAUUGAUUGUUCUGUGUCAAUAUAUAUAUGUACAUGAGUAUAUCCUCAACUUUUUUUUAUGUAAUUUUUUUGGUUGUCAAUACUAUCCUCGAUCUGUUCGGAACUUAACCUUUUGUAAGCUGGUGUUCCAUAGAUGAAAAUGAUACCACAGUAUAGUAUAUGAGAAAAUGGCAUAUAUGCAA